CUUUUUUGGAAUGAUCCCUCAUUUCCUUGACAGAUAGCCAUGUCUCUGGAUAGAGCAUGUCUUCCUCCGCUGUUCUAACCCUCCUGUCACACCGACCCCUAUUUCCCACUCGGGUAUACCGCUGCUAUGGCUCAAAAUUGGCACCCGGCCGUUCAGGUCGUCAUCAAUGGCCAUCCACAAGCGCAGCCUCUGGGCCCGAAUGGGCAAGCUCGGGCUUGGAAUAGGCCUUUGUAUGUGAACGAAGCUCUGCAGUAUUCUCCUAUGUCCAGCGCGCCGAUAUUUGGGUUAGAUUGCAUCCUACGUCCUGACGUUGGGCGACCCCCUAGUACCACCUCUAUCAAUCAUAUUGUUCAGUCUGGCCGUGCUGCUCUGAGCGAUUUGAAUAAUGAGAUCCGAUCGGGACGCGAUGAGUCGAACCGCCUGGAGACAUCUCGGGAGUACCUGCAGCAGUUGUUGGAUGGUGACCAGCUAACGGAAUUCAAAUUCAAACUGCCACCUGGCAUUGGAAAUGUUCAUCCCUCACCUUCAACUACCGUUCAGGACCAGGUUUCCAGCAACAAGCUUAGUCCCUUUGCUCAAAUGAUGUUGGACGCCACGGACAUCGCAUUUAGAUAUCCAAACCCAGGCGACAUGAAUGUCUCGCAGAAGCCUACGUCCCGGAAAGAAAAGACACCUCUCCCAAAUAAACCAACCCCUCCUUCCCAGAAUCGGCAGCCUUCUCAAGCCACCCAGCUCUCGGUAGUCAUUCCCGUGAAACCGCUGCCAUCUCAUACCGACGAUCAUACCGCCUCAAAGAGGCGCAAACUCAAUGCAGAUGGGGGUGAUAAUCUUGGAUCAAUCCGGUUGAAAGACCAGAAAGAAGAGGCGGAUGCGGCUCUUGUCAAGCUCCAGGAUCUGUUUCAGGAGAUAUUUGAGGCCGAGGAUCAGCUUGAUCCGGGGACAUUGCCAGAAGGGACUACUGAGCAUUCCAACUCAAUGUUCGUCGCAGCUCACGCGCUGGACGUGAACGGGCUAGUUCUGUCAUCGGAUACUCAUACGCGGCUGCAAAAGGCUAUUAAGAAGGUCAUAAGCUUCAAUCGGCUUCAAGACAUUCCUUCAGAAUAUCUGAAUAGGGCCCAGAAGCUCUGUGAAAAGCCCAUCAUUGCUGCGCAGUCGCCUGAUUUGAGACUAGACGAUCCGUCAAGUGAGACGGACACUCAGGAGUAUCUUAGAAAACUGGAUGAUAUGUACAAUGCCUUGUCUGCGGUGGGAACUUUGCUGCAGACCAUGUCUGGUUCUCAAACGGAGCGGGAUCUAUGCCCAGAAGACCUAAUUGAAGCAAUCCCCAACGUCUUCAAUCAGGUUUUCGAUCACUGUGUUAUCCCUGCCGUUCAAGCACGUCCUGGAGGCAAAGAUGCGAAGUACUUCGAAUUCUUCUCGGCGCAGAAACGGGUGCUGGGCGCGCUCAUUCAACACAGCAAGAAAGUCCUUGCCCUUUUCGCUGAUUUCCUCGCUCGCAUUGAAGUGUCGGAAGGAACAGUAAAUGCAGCGGAGUACUUCGCAGCCAAACUGAUCUUCGUGGAGAAUGCUCAUACUGAAAAAGACUCCACUGUCGGCUAUCAGAAGUAUGAGUCGGUCAGGCGGGGAGCAAUGGACGUUCUGGCAAAGAUAUUCUCGAAGUAUCCUGCUCAGCGGCCGUAUAUCCUAGAUGAGAUAUUGGUUUCCUUAGAGAAACUACCUUCCACGCGACAGAGUGCCAGGCAGUUCAAGCUUGCCGAUGGCAAGAAUAUCCAGCUUCUCACUGCAUUGGUAAUGCAGCUGGUACAAACGACUGCCUUAGAUGUUCCCAGCUCCAAGUCUUCCAGGAUGAAGCGGAAGUUGCCAGGAUCGACUGAUAACGACGAGGACGAAGACGAAGACGAGGAGCUUGCAGGAGGCGGUCAGGAAGAUGAUGAUCAGGAUUCGGAUGUGUCCCUGGAGCGUCUUGCAACGAAAGUCAAUCGCUUAUAUGAUAAUGCCGUCCGAAGUGCUCAAUAUAUUGUGAAAUUUAUCGUGCAACGGGCAAUGACUUCUACCAAGACUGGGGACCAGCCAUAUCGGAAUAUCUUCGACCUUUUCACAGAGGACUUGAUUAGCGUCCUGGGUUCUACAGAUUGGCCGGCUGCGGAACUUCUUCUCCGGAUCAUGGCUUCUCACAUGGUUGGCAUCGCUGAUCUCGAUAAGAGUUCUGCGACCGCGAAGAGCAUGGCGCUUGAGCUUUUAGGUUGGAUGGGAUCGGCAAUUUCUGACCUCAUAGCGACUGCUCAGCAUUUGCUUCCAGCUAUGGAAGAAGCGGAUAGUGGCCUCACCGAUGAUUUGAGGCAGAUGUUCGAAGACUAUUCGAAUCGCGCUUUACACCCACAGGAACUCGUUGUGGCUGAGGGUCCUUAUCGGAUGACUCUUGAGUAUCUUAUUCAGGACCGCAGCUCAGGCAACUGGCAGCUCACAAGUGCCCGAGGAUAUUAUUUGGCGCAAUGGGCCAAGACUUUUUGUUCAGUAUACUACAACUCGGAAGACAAAGAUGAUCCCGCAAAUGAUGAUGCAAAUGAAGCUCUGGUGGAACUCUUGAUGAGGUCGAUGUCUGACCCGCGGUGGCUCGAAACUCAUCGACACUUUGACAACAUUCCUACAGCGCAUGGUCGAUUUGCUUACAUGAUGACGGUCCUGAACUCGGGAUUCUGUAAGGCAUUCGAUACAAUUUUAAAAGUUUUACUCAACUCGAUCGCGAGUGAUCAGGCUAAGGUCCGAAGUCGCAGUCUGAAGAGUGUUAUCUACAUGCUUGAGAAGGAUCCCAGUCUUCUCGACAGAGAUGCCUCGGUCAUGCGUGUGAUUCUACGCUGUACGACAGACGCAUCUCCGAUGGUGCGCGACUCUGCGCUGUCUUUGAUCGCCAAAUGCAUGGUCCUGAAGCCGAAACUUGAGGAAGAAGGCUGUAGGAGCAUUCUGGCAUGUGCUGCCGAUCCAACCGCAGGUGUGCGAAAGCGCUGCAUUGGUCUGCUUAAGGAUGUCUAUCUGAAGACAUCACGCAUUGAACUAAAGCUAGCUAUCGUGGACAGCUUCUUGCAGCGGACAGGUGAUCAUGAGGAAAGCGUUGCCACCUUGGCUCGCCAGACAUUUGAGGAGACAUGGCUUACGCCUUUCCACGACUUGAUAGACUCUGCGCAGGACAACUCAAUGCUCAAGGUGGGUCUUGGUGAACGCGUCACUCUGAUCGUAGAUCUCGUUCAACGCAGCGACACCGCGCUUGAAACCUUGGGUAAUUGUCUGAGGAAGAUUAUGGCCGACACUUCAAAGUCAGCACCUCUUAAUUUCAAGGUGUGUAAAGCCAUGGUCUCUACCAUGUUCGAAAGACUUGUCGAAGACAGUGAUUCUGGCAAAGACUUUCAGCAGGCGCUGCUGCAGACAAUUACCGUGUUUGCGAAAGCCAAUGCGAAGCUGUUUCGUCCCGAUCAGUUGGAGACGCUUCACCCUUACAUCGGACAUCUGGCUACGGCGGAGGAUUUAUUCCUAUUUCGGUCUGUGGUCGUCAUCUAUCGUUGUGUGCUGCCGUACUUGUCGUCGGCUCAUAAUACUCUUUUGAAAGAGGUGCAGAACGACCUAUUUAAGAGCGUUGCCAAGCUUGCUCGCUCCGAACUCAACGAGGUUAUGGCUUGUCUUUGGACCAUUAAUGGCGUUUUGAAUAAUACCGAUCGGCUUGUGAAGCUCACCAUCUCGGUACUGAAACCGAUACAGCACUAUAAGAACAUCGAUCUUUCGGAUAGCACUAAUAGUGCAGUGUUGGCCAGAGCCAAGAGCUACAUUCGGAUCGCCGGCUGCGUUGGAAGGCACUGUGAUCUCGAAAAAUACGAGCCUCAUUUUAGGGCCGCCUUUCCAUCUUGGAACGGAGGAUCGGUGGCUGGCUUGAUGGUGGACUCUAUCAUACCAUUCACCCUUCCCAAGCAACCGCUUGAGCUAAGGAUAAUGUCGCUUGAGAGUCUGGGAUCCGUCUGUCAGUCUUGGCCAGCGCAGUUUGGUCGCGAGGGCCCGAGACACGUCCUCUCGGGCGUCUUCAAGGAAGACAACCCAAGUCUGCAGAACAUAGUACUCAGGUCCUUUGCUGAUUUCUUUGCAAUGCACGAAGGCAAGGCAGAGAAGUCUGUGGUGGCUGCUGCCGAGAUUGCAGAACAAGAGAAAGCAACAAGGUUGGGAGGAUCACUUAAGGCUAGUGACAAUGAUGGCGCUGCGGCAUUAAUUGCACAGCAUUUCCUUCACAACAUGCUUAAAGUUGCGCAAUCAAGGCAGGAUUCCUAUGCUUUGACGGCGAUUGAAUUGAUAGCAAGCAUCAACCGUCAAGGUCUAGUGCACCCCAAAGAGUGUGCCGGUGUCCUCGUCUCCUUGGAGACGUCUACAGUGCCAGCAAUUGCCAAGGUAGCAGCCGACACUCACAAGAUGCUUCACCAGCAGUACGAAUCUAUGUUCGAGAGAGAAUACAUGCGUGCUGUCCAGGAAGCGUUUUACUACCAGCGCGAUGUUGUGGGAGAUCCGACUGGCGCCUUGAGCCGCCCAUACAUCGCGAAACUAGCACCGCUUUUUGAUAUUAUCAAGAUCAGCAACAGUCGCUAUCAGAGGAAGUUCUUAUCCAACCUCUGCUCCAAGGUGGAUUUCGAGCUCAAAAAGCUCAAGGUCACCGGCGACCCGCCCGAACACCUUUUGCUCGCCCGGUUCGUGGCACAAAAUCUCGCAUUCUUGGAUUAUGGCCAGCUUGCCGAACUUGUGCCGACUAUUGGUUGUAUGGAACGCAUCGUGUCUGCAACUGGAACCGUUGUGGCUCAUUCAAUCGAGACGGAAAUCUUCAUUUCGAAGCCUGAGAUCUCGGCCGAAGAUGGGACGGCGACGACUUUGCCUGCGGCGCAGGGUCCAGGAGACAUGGCUUUGAAAGCACAGGUCAACCCAGAGACCUUGCGGCUUCUGGCCACGGCUGCCGCAUCCCUGGCAAUGCUAUGGGAAGCCCGAACGUAUCUUCGUCGUCUUUACGGAGUCACAGCACAUGUCCGGGACAAGGAAGCUAAAGCUGGGUCCAAAGAGCUCAACAAGUCGGCUACCAAGGUGCAUGGAAUUACCGGCGACAAAUUCUGGGACGCGAUCGCACGGAACAUGAACUCUCUGAGUAGCGAGGAGGCUAUGGUUGAGAAGUGCCGAGAAUUUGCGACCUUGCUCGCGAUUGACGACGAGUUUAAGGUGGGAGACAAUGAAGAUGCCGAGGGAGAGGAAGUCACCGACAUGGAUGAUCAGGGAGCUGCAUGGGCUUCCGCGGGUGUGCAGAGACCCGCGAAGAGAAAGAACUCGACGUCCGGCCACAGUCCGGUGAAACGUCCGCGCGGGCGAAAGAGUGGGUCGGGGAAAAAACGGGCCAGCACUGACCCUGGAGAAGAAGCGGAAUGGCAUUGAGCAUUAACGAACGAAGCCGAAGCCCCGUUGAUCGGGUCGGUUUUAGAUGGAGGAAGUGUAACUGGGUUGUUUAAUAGUCGAAAGGUUGCAUGCAUAUGGGACCAGGACCGGCGUUAAUGGGGAAGGAGACUUUGCUUUGGUUUGGUAACUGAGCGCUACUGAUGAACUUUCAUACUUAUUCCCAUAUUUCUAAACCAGAGAGCAUGCUUACUGGUUUUCUUUUGUUGGUAUCCAUACAUGAGCACUACUAUCUUCAUUGAUUCCCGGGAAGUGUGGGUUACCUUCACAUUUCUUGGGUCACUUGUGUCUAGCUUGCGAGAAGGAGGUUGGACUGCCG